GUUCUCCCCGCUUGCAAAAAUUCAAGGUUCGAGUAAUCGUUACGUGAAGACGGCGAUGGGUCGCAAGAAAAUUCAAAUCACCAGGAUACAAGAUGAGAGAAAUCGACAGGUGACAUUCACCAAACGAAAGUUUGGAUUGAUGAAGAAAGCCUACGAAUUAUCGGUUCUCUGUGAUUGUGAGAUUGCACUCAUCGUCUUCAACUCAACUAACAAACUAUUUCAAUAUGCCUCAACUGACAUGGAUAAGGUAUUGUUGAAAUACACUGAAUACAAUGAACCUCAUGAAUCCCGUACUAAUAAUGACAUCAUGGAAGCCUUGAAUCGAAAAGAAGGCAAUCAGGGAGGCGGAAAUUCGGAUGAUGAAAGCCCUGGACCAUCAACAUCACCUGUCAUUCAAAUAACAAUGCCUGCUGUUGUUAAUGGACAUAGUUCUAAUAAUUCGGUGGCUUCUGCAGCUUCUGCUUCUGCUGCCGCUGUUGCAGCAGCAGCAGCCGCAGUUGCAGCAGUUGAGGGAACAUCUUCGGGUGCGGCUGCUGCAGCGGCUGCACUACAAGCAUCAAAUGCUCAACGACAUCAUAAUUUGAACUUGUACCAGAAUUUGAUAUUUAAUCCCAACUACACUCGCCAUUUGAACCAAAGAAAUGAUCCUCUGUCCUCUACAUCUGUUGCUCCUUCCUCAUCCUCAUCAAAACAUCUCGAUUUUCCUCCAUCAACUUCAUUUGCCUAUGACACGUCACGCCUUCAUCCAAUUGCCGCUGCUGAUGCUGAUUGUGAUCUUGUACCAUCAUCAAGAGCUGCAGCUGAUCAAAAUAUUUGGUCAUCUGCAUUACAACAACGCCCUGUUUCACAGCCUGCACCUAGUAUAAGCAAUUCAUCAACAAACGGAAUCUCAAACGGAACUUCAUCACUCUUAUCUCCAAAUGUCAGCUCAUUAAAUGGUCAUUCAGUAUUAGAUUUAGGUGGUCCAAAUCUACCAUAUAAAUUGGAUCCAAAUACAUAUGUCAAAAUGGAACCACAUUCACCACCUGAAAAACGUCCAAGAAUUACAACAGAGUGGAGACCACAGCAAUUGACUUGAUAACUUCUUGUUAAAUUUUUAUUUUUAGCUGUCUGUCACUAUUGUUUAAUUAAGAGAUGAGACGACGCUCCUUUUUGCAACUAUUUGUAAUUCAUUCCGGAGUUCGCAGAAUUUUACUAUUUUGAAAAUAUUUUUGUGCAAUUUCCGACCCAGAAAUACGGUACGCGGUCUGCCCGUGUUCAAGGAUUACUGUAGUCUCUCGCUCCACAUGUUUUUCUCGUUUACUUGAAUUUCCCCCAUUUUCCUCACGUUUCGCCCUGUUGUCGAAGUGGAGUGCAACACUACAGUACUCUUUAAAGGUCUUCCCCGUGCAUCUCAUUUGGUAUGCCGAUCGUGUCGAGACCGUUUACCGUAAUUUUGCAUUAGAGCGUUGUUUUAUUUCGAAAUUUUUGUGAUUCAAGACAUAAAACUUCCUCUCCGACAUUCCACGUAUUGCUCCUCUUCUUUUUUUUUAAAUUUAUCUCUGCAAACGUGCUCAAUUGUUAAUUUUCGAUGGAGCCCGUAUGCAUAAAGACAAAAAUCCAAAAAAUUUUGAUAUUUUCAUGUUCUGAAGAAAAAAACAUAAAAUGCGGGUAUUCUUCUCUCAUUUUUUAUUUGUUUUUAUUUUUCCUAUAUUUAUUUUAUUUUUCAUUCUUUCAUUUUUGUCUCUCUCUCUUGUGAUUUCUCCCUGUAUUUUUCCCCCUAGUCUUCUCACUGAUUCGGUAGUUUUUUCUCUCAAAAAUGUUCCCAUUUCGCCACCCCGGUCUAAUUAUUAUAAUUGAUUAUUUGUUCUUUAAAACAAAUAUGUAUAAAUAAAUCGAUUCA